AUGCUGGAAUUAACGACAGCCUCUCUCUUGGAAUUUCUCUUUCUAGGGGUUCUCUCUAUUUUUGUUUGUACCUGGGUUCUCUCCAAUAUCCGCUUCCGCCUUGACACCGCCAAAUACCAUGCGCGGGGAAAGGGAGAAAGCUCGCUGGUGCGUGUGCCUUUGAAGCCUUAUUCUCUUCCAUUCCUCGGUUCGGCUUUGAGUUUUUUUGACAAAAAGAUUGGCCGAUUCUGGAGCUCCCUGCAGCAGGUUUGCAAGUCAUGGAACCUCCAGGCCGUAUCAAUACUCCUUGCCGGCGUGCGAACGCACAUCUUCUUCGCGCCGGCCAACAUCCUCAUAGUGUUUCGAGCCAAGAACCUGACUCGCCACAAACACGCGCGCCAAUUGGCUAUUAAUGUUUUGGGUAUGACGGCUGACCAGGCGGCCAGGGCCUUUCCGGAGUUCCUGGACCCCAAGACCAACAUUACGCUAGAGCGCGUUCACACUGAAUACCUGCUGGCACAGGGACCUGUCACGACCCUGACCAACAAGUUCAUGGAAUGCCUGUUAAAAAGCACUUCUGAAAAUGUAGGCAGCGAGGAUGGGUCCGAGGUCGAACUCUAUUCUUGGAUCAAGGCGAUGCUCUUCGAUGGCUCCAUCACAGCGCUUUUUGGAUCCAAGCUGCUGGAGAUGCAUCCGGAUUUGCAGGAUGAUUUCUGGAUCUGGGAACAAAACCUCCUUACCCUCCUGUUUGGUACCCCAAAGCUCUUUGCGUGCCAGGCAUAUGAGUCUCGCGACCGUCUUUUGGUCAAGUUGGAGGCAUGGCUGGCGCACGGAUACAAGCACACCGCUGAACUAGACGACUCUGUGGAUUGGGAGCCGUACUUUGGGGCCAGAAUCAUGCGGAAGCGGCACGAGUACUAUAACCAGCAAAAGCUCAGUUUAUCCAGCCAGGCGGGCAAGGAGAUGAUUUUCCUCGCAGGCAUUCUAUCCAAUGCCAUCCCCACUAUUGGCUGGCUCUUAACACACCUCUUUUCACCCACCAGCGAUUCAGAGCUCUUGCCGCGAAUCAGGGACGAGGUGAUGACAUGCCAGCGAGAAGAUGGCUCUAUUGACAUGCGAGUCCUCACACGCCUGCCACUGCUCAACUCGACCAUCAACGAAGUACUGCGGCUUUACAUUGACUUGUUGAUUAUUCGACAAGUGGAAAAGGGUCUGGUCAUCAACGGACUGCAGGUUCAUCAAAACGACCAAAUCAUGGCGUCUUCCUGGAUGGCGCACAGGCACCCCGACAACUUCACCAAUCCCGAAGUCUUUGACGCCGAGCGGUUUCUUCAGGAUGAUCCGAAAUCUGGGGGGCAUACAGCUUCCACCUCUGGACUUGGUGGCAAGUAUUUUCCUUUCGGGGGUGGGCAUCACAUGUGCCCAGGCAAAAAUUUUGCCAGACAAGAAAUUCUCGGCACCGUUGCCGUCUUGUUGCUGAACUUUGACGUAACCUUCCUUUCCUUUAUUGAGCGUCAAAGCGGUGUCCUCGAGCGCAAGGGUUCUGAUCCGAAGCAUUUUCCCAAAAUGAUCAAGGCUCUACCAGGUAACCAGGUCAUGGGGCUUGAUGGAGACUUGCUGGUUAAGAUUAAGAAAAAGAGCUCCAAAGAUAUAUGA